AUGCCGUCCACCAUCCACUCCGUGGAGCCCGUCCCUCCCUUCGAGCUCCAAGACCCGAGUUUGCUCAAGACGCAGUGCCACGUCAACGGCAACUGGGUCCCUGCCAAAUCCAAAAAGAACUUCCAUGUCAUCGACCCCGGCACGGGCAAGCCCUGGGCUCUCUGCCCGGACUGCGGCGCCGAAGACGUCGAGCCCGCCGUCCAGGCCGCCCACGCCGCUUUCAAGUCCUAUUCGCGCACGACGCCCCGCCGCCGCGCGCAGCUCGUGCUCGAGUGGCACCGCCUGAUCCAAGCCUCGCGUGAGGACAUCGCUCGCAUCCUCGUCCACGAGACUGGCAAGCCGCUCGCCGAGGCGCUCGGCGAGGUUGACUAUGCCCUGACCUUUGUGUGGUGGUUCGCUGGCGAGGCUGAGAGGGCGCAUCAGGGCACUACCGUUGUGUCGGCCAUCCCCGGCAGGAGGGCCAUGGUCAUCAAGCAGCCCAUCGGCGUCGUGGCGGCACUGGUGCCCUGGAACUUCCCCGUCGCGCUGAUGCUGCGCAAGGCGGCUGCCGCGCUUGCGGCCGGGUGCACCAUGGUGAUCAAGCCGUCGCCUGAGACGCCGCUGACAUCGCUUGCGCUGGUCGAGCUGGCUGUGCGUGCCGGCAUCCCCACGGGCGCCCUGGGUGUGUUGACGACGAGCUUGGAGAACACACCUGCCGUGGCCGAGGCGUUGAGCCUCCAUGACCUCGUCAAGGUGGUGAGCUUCACCGGCAGCACCAGGGUCGGCAAGUUGAUCUCUCAGCUAUGCGCCAAGAACCUGAAGCGGACGGUCCUCGAGCUCGGUGGCAACUGCCCCUUCAUCGUGUUCGACGACGCCAACAUGGACCAAGCCAUCGAGCAGCUUAUGGCGCUGAAGUGGAGACACGCCGGGCAGGCAUGUGUCUCGGCCAACCGACUCUAUGUGCAGAGCGGCAUCUACGACACCUUCGUCGAGAAGGUCGUGGAGAAGACUCGUCAGCUCAAGGUUGGGCACGGGAUGCAGGACGGGGUCACGAUGGGCGCCCUCACAACUCCGCAGGCUCUGGACCGAGCCGAAGAGAUGUUUGCCGAUGCAGUCGCCAAGGGUGCAAAGGUAGUACUCGGCAACGGGAAGAGGGAAGCGUCGGAGGGUUACUUCUAUGCCCCCACGAUCGUGGUCAAUGCCCAGGACAGCAUGAGGAUCGGUCAAGAGGAGAUCUUCACCCCGCUGCUCGGCAUCUCCAGAUUCGAGACGGAAGAGGAAGUAGUCGAGAGGGCCAACAACACGCCCCUAGGGCUGACGAGCUACGUCUUCACCAAGAAUGUAGAUCGGCUGUGGCGGAUGUUCGAGAACCUGCAAGCGGGCAUGAUAGGUCUGGUAAGUCUGUUAUUACUCCUGACCCCCGCGCAAGGGCAGCUUCUGACAUGGUGCAUCGGGCAGAAUACCGGCAACAACUCUGCUGCCGAAUCGCCAUUUGGGGGUAUCAAAGAGAGUGGACAUGGCAAGGAGAGUGGCAAAGACAUUGCGCUCGACGAGUUCUUUGUCACCAAGACGGGAACCCUGACUGUCGAAGGACACUUCUGA